UCUCCGCGCAUGCGCAGUGAGAGCAGCUACUGUUGAGUGUGUUCUCUGAAUUAAACAAUCUUGUGACGGACUAUUAUAUUUGAUCUUUUUAUACAGAUUAUUAUUAUUAUUAUUAUUAUUAUUAUUAUUAUAAAGCUGCGUUUGGCGUUUAUGUUGAAAAGCAGGACAGAAGAAUGAAUCAGUUUGAACAUUUGUCAGAGGAAGACUCUGGUGAGCAUGAGGAGAUGAAGGACAACAAUGAGAUUGAUGGAGGAUCAAUGAAUAAUAAUAACAACAACAUCAGACGCAAGACUGUGACUCCAGGUGUAGGUGAACACCCGCUGCAGUAUAACUACACCUUCUGGUACUCUCGCCGGACGCCCAGUCGUCCCGCCAACACUCAGAGUUACGAGCAGAACAUCAGACAGAUGGGGACGGUGGCGUCGGUGGAACAGUUCUGGAAGUUCUACAGUCAUCUGGUGAGACCUGGAGAUCUGACAGGACACAGCGACUUCCACCUCUUCAAGGAGGGAAUCAAACCCAUGUGGGAGGACGAGGCCAAUAAAAACGGCGGGAAGUGGAUCAUUCGUCUGCGGAAGGGUCUGGCAUCUCGCUUCUGGGAGAACAUCAUCCUGGCGAUGUUGGGGGAGCAGUUCAUGGUGGGAGAGGAGAUCUGUGGUGUGGUCGUCUCCAUACGCUUCCAGGAGGAUAUUCUGUCUAUCUGGAAUAAAACAGCCAAUGAUCAGGUGACAACAUCACGGAUACGAGACACACUGCGACGAGUGCUGAACCUGCCACCAAACACCAUCAUGGAGUACAAGACACACAACGACAGCCUCAAGGAUAACUCCAGUUUCCGGAAUACAAAGAUCACUUUGUGAAAACCUGAAAAUAUUUUUCAUACGGACACUUUCCAUUUGACACCAAGAACACACUGAACCAGACGGACUCAAUGACCAGAGUGUGUGAGUGUUUGUGAGUGUGUGUGUGUGUGUGUGUGUGUGAACUCUUGAUUAAAAACAUUCUCUGCACACAUCAGUGUGGUUUGGGUUUAUAAUUGUCUGAGAUGUUUCAUGUUAUUUAGUGUAAAAUAUAAAAGUAACAUGAGUUAGAAAGAUAAUAUUAAUUCUUCUGUUAAAACUCAUGUAUUAUUUGAGCUGUAAAGUUGUUUAAAUUGUCAUUUUUACAGUCAUUUUAGGGUUUUAGCAUUUGUUGACAUUACAUCAUCAUGGCAAUAAAGUUAUAAAUUGUCUCUAACUUUACA